CCAAGACUACAAAUUUGGAGGGGACAAUUUGGCACGGAAGGAGUGAGUUGUUCCUAGUACGACUGUCUCGUGUUCGAAACCUCUACCGCUGCUAGUAUCUUGCCAAUCUGCUCCACCGCCACCGUCCACGGUCCACCGUAACUUAAUGGAGCCCGAUCUUCGCGGCCCGGAGGAAAAAAUGGCGAGCUUCAGCCCAUGGAAACGGGGACGCCCUGAGUCUUGGGGUCCCCGCAAAAUUGUCCGGCAUUCUUUUUGGGAGAAGUUUGAUAGUCGUGUCUAUGCUAAUAUGGACUUGGACAUUGACACAAAAAGAGCUGCAUUGAAAGCUUCCCCAUUUGUUGUUAGCCUUGUCUCCUUUGCAGGUGGGGAGCCGUUGUUCAUGGGUUCUGGCACUAUUGUGGAUUGUGAGGCAGCUAAUGGUGCAUGCUCUAUUACUAUAUUGGCUUCGGCAAGGCUGCUUGGUUCUUCGGCUGGAUUAGAUGUAGAUAAUGAUAUUGAGAUUGAAGUGCGUCUCUCAGAUGGUACAUUGUUAAAUGGUCAAGUGGAUGCAUGUGAUUUCCAUUAUAAUCUUGCUUUGAUUAAGAUUCAACAUGAAGUAAUGGUGCAACCUGCAAGCCUUAGGAUUCUUGAUGAUUCUAUAAGUACACAUCCAUGUGGAAUCCAGGACAAGGGGGUGGGUUCUGAAUCUUUUCAGCUUCGCCCUCAUUCUGAUUUAAUUCGUCUUUGUCCCGGAGAUGUGGUUGUUGCUCUUGGCCGAUACUUUGAGGAACCAUAUGAGAUCAUGGCUGCACCUGGAAGAUUUAGUCUUGAUUCUGUCGAGUUUGAUUGUAAAGAACUAUUCAGAGCGAACUGCAAGAUUUCAAAAUGUGGCAUUGGUGGACCCCUUAUUAAUAGGUAUGGAGACGUCAUUGGAGUCAAUUUUUACGACGAGCUGUGUACUCCUUUUCUACCCAUCAACAUAGUUUUGAAAUGGUUGGAGCAUUUUAAGAAAUAUGGGAGAUUCUUCCGACCUUGCCUUGGAAUGCAGAUGACUAAUCUCUGUGCUGCAAGGCCAGGCCAGUUGGAAAAGAUUAUCCAGAAGUUUCCCAAUAUGUCCGAAGGUGUUCUUGUUGAAGAGGUUAUAGAAGGGUCCCCUGCUGAGUGUGCUGGAAUACUCCAUGGCGAUGUUAUUGUCCAAUGUGCAGGCAAAUUCGUUCGAAGUUUUUUGGAGUUCUGUGGUGUAGUAUGGGACAAGGCUGGGAAAUCUGUGAAGGUGGUUGUGAUAAGAAAAACAAGCGGUGCCCGUUUGAAGCUUAAGGUGAAGGUUGAUGAGAUAAACCCAGAAAAUUUUUAUGGAUGGCCGCUCCCUGAAAAACGCUGGGUUUCCGUCAAUAGAGUUCGGAGGUAAUCCCGUGAAAUACUGACUGUGAUGUAUGCCCUGCUAAUGGUCAAUAUUUAUCGGCACAACUGUAGUAGUUUAAUACCUUGCCCCUUCUUCUGUCUGCUUUGGAUGAAUUUCUGAUCAAGUAUGUAUGUAUGUAAUUAAGUAACUUAACGGGUGUUUAUUAUGGUUUUUACUGAAUGAUCAGUAUCUACUUUUGUAGCUCCCAUUUAUUCACAGAUCUUUAGAAUCUUAACUGACAAUUUAACA